UAGACUUUUAUGACGUUCUUUUUUUCCGCGAAUUUACAAAAACACGAUUGCUGCACCUAAUUUCGUCCUGCCAGAAAUAUUGGUCGAUCAUAAGAGUGCAAUGAAUGGAUCUGCCAGUGUUAAUGGAGAGACAGAAAAUCGAGACAAAGUUGUCAUUCUAGAUGCAGGAGCACAGUAUGGAAAGGUUAUAGAUAGACGAGUGAGAGAACAGAAUAUAGAAUCAGAUGUUCUGCCUUUAGAUACACCAGCUUUUACAAUCAAGGAAAAGGGAUACAGAGCUAUUAUAAUAUCAGGUGGCCCUAGUUCUGUAUAUGCAGAAGAUGCUCCAAGAUAUGAUCCAGACAUAUUCAGGUGUGGACUACCAGUCCUGGGUAUAUGUUAUGGGAUGCAGAUGUUAAACAAAGAAUUUAAUGGUACUGUGAAAAAGAAAGAGGCCAGGGAAGAUGGCCAGUUCACAAUCACCGUAGAUACUAAAUGUAGUUUGUUUAAGGGUCUGAACAAGCAACAGUCAGUCUUACUUACACAUGGUGACAGUAUUGACCAAGUAGCUAAAGGAUUCAAAUCGAUUGCAAGUUCUGGGGAUAUUGUAGCAGGGAUAGCCAAUGAGAAAAUGAAUUUAUAUGGUGUACAGUUUCAUCCAGAAGUAGAUCUAACAGACAAUGGAAGACAGAUGAUUAAAAAUUUCUUAUAUAACGUAGCCAAGUGUGAAGGAAGGUACACCAUGGUAUCUCGGGAAGAAAGUUGUGUAAAAUACAUCAGAGAAACCGCUGGGGAUCAUAAAGUUUUAAUGUUACUGAGUGGUGGAGUUGAUUCGACUGUCUGUGCAGCUUUACUACACAAAGCUCUGAAGGAUGACCAAGUGAUAGCAGUACAUAUAGACAAUGGUUUUAUGAGAAAGAAUGAGAGUAAUCAUGUGGAAGUGUCCUUGAGAGAUAUAGGUCUUGAUGUUAAAGUUAUCCGUUCUGCUCACACCUUCUAUACUGGAAGUACAGCAGUACCUGUUACGCAGUCAGAUGGAACGUCACGGAAACGGAAAACAAGUACACUAAACACAACAGAAAAUCCUGAGGAAAAAAGAAAUAUUAUUGGGGAUACUUUUAUGAAGGUAGCAAAUGAUUUUGUAGAAGAACUAAAUCUCAAGACAGAAGAUGUUUAUUUAGGUCAAGGUACAUUACGACCUGACCUGAUAGAAAGUGCAUCAGAAUUAGCCAGUGGGAAAGCAGACGCUAUUAAAACACACCAUAACGACACAGAAUUAGUACGGGAGUUGAGAAAAAAAGGCAGAGUUGUUGAACCUUUGAAAGAUUUUCAUAAGGACGAGGUCCGGCAGAUUGGGAAAGACUUAGGACUGCCAGAUGAGAUGGUUCAAAGACACCCUUUCCCAGGUCCUGGUUUAGCUAUUCGAGUGAUUUGUGGUGACCAUCCAUACAUGUGUAAAGACUUUGGAGAAACAAGUGUACUACUCAGAUUUAUAGUGGAUUAUGUCAAUGCAUUAAAAACACCACAUUUACUUAUUACGAAAAUAAAAGAUAGCACAACAGAAGAAGAAAGAGAAGAACUGAAAAGAAUAAGUUCUGAGUGUAACUUGACAUCAACAUUACUGCCCAUUAAGACUGUUGGUGUACAGGGUGAUUGUAGAACCUACAGUUAUGUUGUUGGUUUAUCAACAGAUGAGAAACCACCCUGGACAAGUCUGAUGUAUCUUGCCAAGCUCAUCCCACGGAUCUGUCACAAUAUCAACAGGGUUGUGUACAUCUUUGGUGGUAGUGUCAAAUACCCAUUGGAGGAUAUAACACCAACAUACCUCACAAGUGGAGUGCUAAGUACCUUACGACAAGCUGACUAUUUGUGUACAAAAGUAUUAAUAGAAGAAAAAUGUGUUCAUAAACUAAGUCAAAUGCCAGUGAUUAUAACGCCAUUACAUUUUGAUCGGGAUCCUGCUCUGAACCUUCCGUCGUGUCAAAGGUCAAUAGCAAUACGCACAUUCAUUACGAAUGAUUUUAUGACAGGUAUACCAGCAACACCUGGACAGCAUAUUGACACAAAGGUGCUAGAUAGAAUGGUUACAGAGAUUUUAACAGUACCAGGAUUAUCGAGAGUUAUGUAUGAUCUGACAUCCAAGCCUCCUGGUACAACAGAGUGGGAAUAAUAACAUUUGCCAAACUUAUCAUUGUUAAAUCUGGGCUUAGUCUAUAUCAUCAGUUGAGAAAGGAAGUCAUAAAGCAGGGGUUCAAAUUAGUGUGGGUCCGAGGUCCGCGAUCAGUCUUUUCUCAUAGAGGACUUUUCAUUUUUAAAUUUCAAAAGUCAAAGACCUUCCAUUCUUUACACUGAUGCUUGAUACACGACCAUUGAGUUCUCAUGGAGGACCCUUCACUUAAAAUUUCAAAUGGUCCGGGACCUUUCAUUAUUUAAAGCAAAUUUGAACCCCUGCUAAAAAUUUUCUAGAUGCUUCUUGAUACAAAUGUAUAUUUUAAGAGCUACAUAUUGUGAAUACCAGUUAGUUGUUAAGGAUGUACUUAGGUGAGGUUUUGGAAUAAGUGUCAAAUUUUCGGACUUCUUGGUGUUUUUCCAUAUUAUAGAAGGUAAAAUAUUUGCCCCAUAACACCUUUUUAUCUUUUAACAUAAGACUUAAUAGCUCAUAAAAGGUCAUUUGACAAAGUUUAAGCAGAUUCUUGAUUUUCCUCCUUUUGAUUUGAGACCCAAAUAAUACCAAUGCAAAUAUAAGGUAAAAGUCCGAGUCAGCCUUUUCCCGCCAUUUA